GUGCCCCCAGUGCCGCGCACCCAAUGAUCUCUGUGAUCGCCUACAGACACAGCUGAUCACAGGAUGAGAGCAGAUCAGUUCUGAUCAUCAGGGCACUGAUGAUCAGUGCCCUGAUGAUCAGUUCCUUGCAGUGCCACCCACCAGUGCCCAGCAGUGCCACCCAUCAGUGCUGCCCAGAAGUUGCGCCCAGCAGUGCCGCCCAUCAACGCCGCCAGUGCUGUCAGUGUCAUCAGUCAGCGUCGCCCGUCAGUGUCGCCCAUCAGUGCCCAUCAGUUGUGCCUAUCAGUGUCCAUCAGUGCUGCAUAUCAGUGCAGCAUCAUCAGUGCCUACUCAUCAAUGCCCACCAG